UUGUUCUUUCGAUCGACGGAUGGAUGCGGCUUUGGGUGCUGCACUCACUGCAUUUGCAACACGAGUCUGGCGUUUAUCGGUUGGUUGGCUUUUUCUUGCUUGAAUGGCUGCAUGGCAUGGUGUGGCAAGGCAGGGCAUGCAUACACGGCACGUUCAUAUGGAUGCGGCGUGCAUGAGUUGCUACUUUUUGUUUUAGCAUGGCGUUGGCAGGAUGGGAUUGCUGCUGAUUUCAUCUCUUCUCUUCUCUGGCUGGCCGUGAUGGGCGGGUGGGUUGGUGCUGAGUUGAGUUGGUGGGAUUGGAGUGCGUUGGGUUAGGUAGUUUAAGGGCUGGGGGGAAGGGGAGGUGGAUGGAUUGACGGACAUAGGGCGAGCGAGGAUGAAUGAAAGCGAUAUACUUA